AUGGGCUUUACUUAUCGAGUUGCAUCUGCGCCUCCGCCUGCUGAGGAGGCCCUUCCUACAGAGGCAGAACGUCGUCGUAUUUUCGCAACAAAGGCUGGAGGCUGGGACAGAGAGGUCUUCUUCCAGGAAAUCCUCAUGGGUAUAGGUAGGUGGCGGAAGGAGUUGAUACAGCAGGCCAAAGGGGAUGUUCUUGAGGUUGCUGCAGGCACUGGGCGCAAUUUCCGAUAUUACGACAAUGCGCGCGUCAGAAGCCUCACUGUGACGGACUUUUGCAGUCCUAUGGUCGAGGAGGCAAGGACAAAGAAAGGGGAACUCGGAACGAUCCCUCACUCCUUCCGUCUUGCCAACGCCUGCAAACUGCCUGACCCGGCAGAAAAAUACCAUGCAGUUGUUGAAACCUUUGCGCUUUGCUCGUACGAAGACCCUGUCAAAACUCUGAAGGAACUGCGGCGAGUGCUGCAGCCGGAGGGAUCUCUUCUCUUGCUGGAGCACGGUGCCUCCUCGUGGCCGUUGGUAAAUCUCAUUUUAUCCCGGGGUUGUGCGCAUCACGUUAAGCAAUUUGGAUGCUACCCCAACCGCCCCGUAGUGGAUUUGGUCAAACAGGCCGGAUUCGAGGUCGUCAGUGCUAAGCGAAAAAAUUUCGGCACAACAUAUUUGAUAGUCGCGAAGAAGGGCAGAGAGGAAACUGACGAAAAGUCAGAGGGAAAUACCAAGUCGGAUGGUUGA